AUGUCUUCAACAUCACACAGCAAGAAGCAAUGGGAUCCAAGAUGGGACGGCCUUCCCAGGAAAAUCCGACUUCUCAUCACACAAUACCUGAUACAAGACGGAUGUCCGCUUGCUCCCUUGGCCACGGUAUCUCGAGAAAUGCAAACGGACAUCGAGCGACACAACUUUGCCUGGAUUAGACUGACGCCGUCACGCCUUGCUAGUUUUCGUGCUAUGAUCCAGAGAACUCGGGGUCUCGUCGGCUACAUCUGGUUCUGCUUAGAACUCGACGAUACUUCAGAUGAGUUCACAGAGGGAUGUGAGAUCAGCGGCACAGAUAAAUGUCCCAUCACCGCGUCGUUCCAGGACCUUUUCUCGGUUCUCGGCGAAUGGGAACCUCACGGCGAUUUGACACUCGAUAUUAGUCUAUACUCAACCAGCGACUCGGACAUUGUUGGUCAUGCUAUCGAGAAGGCAAGUCGCAAGUAUCACGACCCUAAACAUGGCUGGUUAAACGGCUCUAGGCACCUCGCCUCGCCUCCGUGGGCCCUCAGGAAACUGUUCCAUCUCAUCAUGGAACAGGGACCGCAUGAUAGUGAUCAAGGAGAACUCGACUGGUGGGAUCAACUUCCGUCAGUUCCAGCUGUGACGAGUUUACUUCUUCGUCAACAGAACCGCCGGAGAUGGAAACCGGUAUCGCUGGCACACAUGUUUGCCCAGUUCCCAAGACUCCAGGAACUCCACUACGAACCGUGGAGGGAAUGGGAGGAUUGGACGCAGGACCCUACAGAUAGAGAAUAUAAGCAUCUCUUCGAGUCAAUCCAACGUUCCAACAAAAGCCUAAGGAAACUCUACCCAGCCAACAUGCGUCCUUACGGAAACUACGGCGGGUUCCUUGCGGGAACUCACGCCUUUCGCGAGCCCGUCCGAGCUGUCGGCCAGAUGAUUGCGCUCGCCAGCCUCAAACUUGAGCACCUUGCAGCAUCCUACAUCACAGACACGAGCCACUUCUUCGAGAUCCGAUCCGAGUGGGCGUGGCCGAACCUCAAAUCGCUGACUCUCACUGCAAAGAUACUCACGCCCGAUAAAGUCGACUCAACCGGGAUCGGAGCCCUGCUCCUGGCAGCGGCGGCAGCGGCCGAGAAGAUGCCCCGAUUAGAAACCAUGGAUAUCUGGAACGGGCGAAAGGGGUUGGCUGCGCUUUUCAGGUAUCAGGUGUUCCGCAACGAAGGGGAAGCUGUCCUCACUUGGAGAGGCACGUUGGACUUGGCCAUGGAACCAGCUGUAAUUCAGGCCUGGCAAGUUGUGACGAAGCAGUAUGAUAUUUCGAGACUCGAUGUGGUUGUAGAACGGCUGUAUGGAGCUAUUAUCAGAUCCCACGGAGAUGCAAUACAGCACUUGGGGCUUUCAAGCCAGGUCAUUCGGCCCGUCUCGUUGCAGCAGAUUCGGAUUAACCAAAAGGCUUUAGAGGGUGUAGCCACUGUUGAGAGUUAG